GCCUAAGCCCCGCCCACUCCGUUACGUCAGUCCGCGCCUCUGCUCUGAUUGGCUUUCGGCGGAACGGCUGCGUGGCGGUGUCAGCCUCUGACGAGAGAAAAGCUCCUCAAGCUUUGCUCAGAGUUAUUAUUCUCUAGACUCGCAUCUGCGCGGAGCAGUUUCAGUCAUGCAGGUCAGCGGCGUGAAGCAGCGACAGAAGAGUGUACACAAGCAGCAGAGCGGAGAGAAGCGCCGGACCGAGGAAGAGGAAGAGGAGAAGAGAGCCUCUCGCUUCAGUCCUGAUGGGAAGCUCUGCGUCGCUCUGAUGUGUCUCUCGGUCUCGGUCUUCAUCACAUGGCUGCACGUUCAGCAGGACGCGAAGCUCGCAGGAAUCACCGAGAAAUACGAGCGUUUGUGUGAGAAGAGCCGCGGCGUCCUGGAGCUGGAAGAAAAAAUGGCUGAAAUCUCUCAAAAGUGUGCGCUGUUGUCUGCUCCGGCCGUCUCUCACACAGAGGCUCUGGAGGCGGAGGUGGCUAGGCUGCAGGAGCGCUUCUCCAGUCUCGCGGGUCAGAGGCAGCAGCUGCAGCUGAACCUGAGCGCUCUGGCUCGGGCCGUGGAGAGCGUGGAGCAGCAGGCCUCCAGCGAGGUGACCUCCAGACUGGCCUCCAUCCGUACGGACGUGCGGCGCAUGGCUGGGCUGGAGGGCGAGGUGGAGCUGCUGCUCACCCAAACGCAGGCCCUGGAGGAGAAGGUGGCCCAGACGGAGAAGCUGAUGGUCAGGCGCAUCGGCGAUCUGCUGGCUGGCAGCAUCGACCGCGUCUCCGCUCUGAGGAGCUCAGCAGAGAAGAGCAGCCAGCGGCUGGAUCAGAUCAGUGUGCUCGUUCACCAGCUCUCGGCGUCUCACCGUGAACUGUCCGAGCGCAUCCUGGCACUGGAGAGCGGACAGGCCAAGCUGCUGAAGACCGCCAGCUUCGCCAGCGACCUCAAGCCCAAGGUCUUCUCCAUCAGGCAGGACUUCGCCGUCAUCCAGCCCAAACUAGAUGACCUGACGCUGAGGAUCGGCCUGCUGGCUGAAGACCUGAUGAGCCGAGAGGAGCAGCGGAGUCAGAGAGAGGAGACGACACGUGACACGCUCGACCAGCUGACGCCCUGAAAGAGGAGGACGCUCAGUACAUCAAGUAGUCCAGUCGUGCUUUGAACUGGAGACUAGUGCUGGAGCACACUGACGUCUAGUCACAGAGCAACUGUAAGCAUUCAAGAGCUCCUAGUGAAAUCUGCUGACUGCAGCAACACUGAAAUGAACAUCACCAUGAGAUCUGCCGUGACACUGACUGCCAGACUCAUAUGUGACCCUGGAGCACAAAAGCAGUCUUAGGUCGCUGGGGUAUA